AUGAAGAGGCAGAACGUGCGCACCCUGUCGCUGGUGGUGUGCACCUUCACGUACCUGCUGAUCGGCGCGGCCGUCUUCGACGCCCUCGAGUCGGACACGGAGCGGAAGAGAUGGGAGUUCCUGUCCAGCGUGAAGGAGAACCUGGUCAGGAAGUACAACAUCACGCCUGAGGACUACCGCAUGAUCGAGAUCGUCAUCAUCGAGAACAAGCCCCACAAGGCGGGCCCGCAGUGGAAGUUCGCCGGCGCCUUCUACUUCGCCACGGUGGUGCUGGCCAUGAUCGGCUACGGCCACUCCACGCCGGUCACCAUCGGCGGCAAGGCGUUCUGCAUGGCGUACGCCAUGGUGGGCAUCCCGCUCGGCCUGGUGAUGUUCCAGAGCAUCGGCGAGCGCCUCAACAAGUUCGCGAGCGUGCUGAUCCAGCGCGCCAAGCGCUACCUGCAGUGCCAGAAGACGGAGGCGACGGAGAUGAACCUGAUGCUGGCCACCGGCAUGCUGUCCUCCGUCAUCAUCACGACCGGCGCCGCGGUCUUCUCCAAGUACGAGGGCUGGAGCUACUUCGACAGCUUCUACUACUGCUUCGUCACGCUCACCACCAUCGGCUUCGGCGACUACGUGGCGCUCCAGAACGACCAAGCGCUUAUCAACAAACCUGGAUAUGUGGCACUCAGCUUGGUGUUCAUCUUGUUUGGACUGGCCGUGGUUGCAGCUAGCAUUAACCUCUUGGUGCUGAGGUUCAUGACCAUGAACGCGGAGGACGUGCGCCGCGAGGACAACGAGCUGCAGGCCGCCUCGCACCACGUGCUCACCCUGGACGGCGAGGUGGUGGCGGUGAACGGCAAGCUGCUCGCCGGCCACGUGCUCGUCGGCGCCAGCGACGACCUGGACCAGGUGUCGGCGUGCUCGUGCACGUGCCUGGGCCCGGCGCGCUGCCAGAACCACCUGCUGGCGCUGGAGCCGGGCUACCGGCCGUCGUCCCUGGCCAGCCUGCGCAUCAAGAGGGCGUCCGUCUAG